CCCGAGAAAAUAGAAGAGAAGGCGUCCCUCAGGAAAAAAAAAGAGAGCGAGAGAGGACACGGAGGGGUCCGGAGGCUAGAAAGAGAAGAAGGCUCUCGAGCGGCGGCUGCGCGACGAGGAUAUGAGCGGCGAGGCGGGGGCCGGCGGCGGCGGGGAGGCGAACGGCGUCCAGCCGAACGUGACCAUCUACAUCAAUAACCUCAACGAGAAGAUCAAACUCGAAGCGCUUAAGAAGUCCCUGAAUGCCGUUUUCUCCCAGUUUGGGAAAAUCAUUGAGGUGCUUGCUUUUAAGACUUUGAAGCAUAAAGGGCAGGCAUGGGUUGUGUUCGAAGAUGUUGCAUCAGCAACUGAGGCUUUGAAGAGGAUGCAAGAUUUUCCCUUCUAUGACAAACCCAUGAAAAUUCAAUAUGCCAAGACCAAGUCAGAUGUUAUAGCAAAAGCUGAUGGCACCUUCGUACCUCGAGAAAAAAGGAAGAGGAAUGAUGAGAAACCUGAAAAGAAGCAGAAGCGUGAGCAGCACCACGAUGUUAACCAGGCUGGCGUGGGCAUGCAUGCCUAUCCUGGUGCUUAUGGGGCUCCGCCGCUCUCUCAGCUACCUUUUGGUGCGGGACCAAAGGUCAUGAUGCCAGAGAUUAUUGUACCAAACAACAUUCUCUUCGUCCAAGAACUCCCACACGACGCCACGGCUUUGAUGCUGCAGAUGUUCUUCUGCCAGUACCCUGGGUUCAAGGAAGUGCGGAUGAUCGAAGCAAAGCCCGGAAUCGCUUUCGUGGAGUAUGGAGACGAGGGGCAGGCGACCGCAGCCAUGAACCUUCUUCAAGGUUUCAAAAUCAAAGAGAACCCAAUGCGCAUCACAUAUGCGAAGAAGUAACUUGAUGAGCUGUAUUGACUUGAAUUAAUGUUGUAGCCCUGGUUUUGCACCAUUUGGUAGAUUUUCUUCACAUGUAAGGUAGACUACACCAUGGAUAAUCCAGUAAAUUAAUGUAUGGUUCAGCUGCA